AUGGAGCGGAAGAACCAGAGUGGGAGGGUGAGUGAAUUUGUGUUGCUGGGCUUCCCAGCUCCUCUGCCACUUCGGGCAUUGCUGUUUGCUCUUUCUCUGCUGGCCUACAUCCUGGUGCUGACGGAGAACACACUCAUCAUCCUGGCAAUUAGGACCCAUCCCACUCUCCACAAGCCCAUGUAUUUCUUCCUGGCUAAUAUGUCCUUCCUGGAGAUCUGGUAUGUCACUGUCACAAUUCCCAAGAUGCUUGCUGGCUUUGUGGGGUUUGGGCAGAGCCGUGGACAGCUCAUCUCCUUCGAGGGCUGCAUGACACAGCUGUACUUUUUCCUCGGCCUGGGUUGCACCGAAUGUGUCCUUCUGGCUGUGAUGGCCUAUGACCGUUAUGUGGCCAUUUGUCAUCCUCUCCACUACCCUGUCAUUGUCAGUGGCCGGCUGUGUGUGCAGAUGGCAGCUGGCUCCUGGACCGGAGGUUUCGGCAUCUCCAUGGUCAAAGUUCUUCUCAUUUCUCAACUCUCUUACUGUGGCCCCAACCUCAUCAACCACUUUUUCUGUGAUGUCUCCCCUUUGCUCAACCUCUCAUGCACUGACAUGUCCACAGCUGAGCUUACGGACUUUGUCUUGGCCAUUUUUAUCCUGCUGGGGCCACUCUCUGUCACCGGGGCAUCCUAUAUGGCUAUUGCUGGUGCUGUGGUGCGCAUCCCCUCAGCUGCUGGACGCCACAAAGCCUUUUCCACCUGUGCCUCUCACCUUACCGUUGUCAUCAUCUUCUAUGCAGCAAGUAUCUUCAUUUAUGCCCGGCCGAAGGCACUCUCCACUUUUGACACCAACAAACUGGUCUCUGUGCUCUAUGCCGUCAUUGUACCGUUGCUCAACCCCAUCAUUUACUGCUUGCGCAACCAAGAAGUCAAACGAGCCCUGCGCCGCACUCUGCAUCUAUCCCAGGACCCAGAUAUUAACCCCAAGAAAGCUAAUAGAGACGGAUAA